AUGAAGAUUUUCUUGGACCGUCUUUCGGAUGAUAUCACCAUCAACGGAGAAGAUUUCAGAGAAGAGAUGGAAUGUUAUUCCGCAAAUCAUUGUUACGAAAGGUCAAUUAGAAAACAUGAUGGAUAUUUUUCGUUGGAAGAGUAUGAAGUAUUUCAACCUAAAGUCAUAUUAACCUAUACCCAUGUCACUUUCAGGUACAUGUAUGGAGAUUUUAUUGAUUUGAAUGAACUGGAGCCGCUCAUGAUCCUUCAACUUUUGUGCGCCGCCGAGGAAAUUGAACUUGAGGAAUUGGUGAUCUACAUCGAAUCCUUCUUACUUGAUAAUCAUACCGAAUGGUUACGACUAAAUUUUGCUCUUAUAAAUCGUACUUGCUUCCAGUACGAAGGAUUUCUUGAUAACUUUAACAAAGAAGCAAGAGGGUUUUGUAAAAGGAAGUAUUACGAGAAACCUAUUAGGAACAGCGAGAAGCCUUUCAAAGUCCAGGACUAUGAAGUAUUUCAGAUUUUGGAUAGGCCUUCUGACUAG